GUUCCAAGAUGGCGCCUCCUGAGGAGAGUGGUGAGGCCUCUGAGGAGUCUGAGCACGCUUGCGGCCUUCUGCGCGGCCUGGGCCUCCUGAGGGCGGAGCGGGCGCUGCUGGACGUGACCCUCUUGGCCGGGGGAGCCGAGUUCGGGGCGCACCGGGCGGUGCUGGCGGCCUCCUCGGGCUACUUCCGCGCCAUGUUCGGGGGAGGCCUCUUGGAGGCCCGGGCGAGGCGGGUGAGGCUGCACGGGGUGGAGGGAGAGUGCUUGGGCCGCCUGCUGGACUUCGCCUACUCGGGGAGAGUGUCCUCCUUGGGCCUGGACGACGAAGACGAGGACGAGGAGGCGUGCCUGGAGAGCCUGGCGGGGCGCUUGCUGAGGGCGGCGGAUCUCCUCCAGUUCCCGGCGGUGAAGGCGGCCUGCGCGGAGUGGAUCGCGGCCCGGCUGGACCCCUCCACGGCGCUGGAGACGGAGGACUUCGCGGAGACCUUCUCCUGCCCGGACUUGGCCGCCGCGGCACGGCGGUGCGUCUUGCGUCACGCCGCAGAGGAUGACGACGAGGAUGUGAUGUCGUCCUCCUCCUCCUCGAGGGGCCACCACGAAGUGGGCCCUGCCACCACCGAAGCCUCGGCCUUGACGUCCGCGAUGUGCCGCCUCCCGCUGUCCCGCUUUGUCUCCUACCUCGGCGCCGACGCCCUGCACGUGCGCAAGGAGGAGGCGGCCUUCUCGCUGGCGCUGCGCUGGGUGCGCUCCGACCCGCUCUUCCGCGCCCCGCUCCUCCCGCAGCUGCUCUGCCACGUCCGGCUGCCCUUCGUGCGCCGCUUCGCCCUGCUGGCCCGUGUGGAGGCCGCCCCGGAGGUGGCGCGCUCCCCCGCCUGCCGCCCCUUGCUGGCCGAGGCACGGCUCUUCCAAUCCGGACGGCUGGACCGACACGACCGCGGCCCCUGCGCCCGCCUCCGCCCCCGGCCCUCCACCGGCUUGGCUGAGGUGCUCGUCACCCUGGGAGGAUGCGACCGAGACUGCGAUGAGCUGGCCGCUGUGGACGCCCUGCUGCCCAAGAGCAAGACCUGGCGCUACCUGGCCGAGUUCCCCGAGCGCCUCGGCGGAGGGUACGCGGCCGUCGCACGUGGGAACGACAUUUACAUCACCG